AUGGUAGGGAUAUAUGGCCUUGGUGGAGUCGGUAAAACCACAAUCGCAAAAGCUAUUUAUAAUAGGAUUUUUUAUCUCUUUGAUGGAAGAAGCUUUCUAGAGAACAUUAGAGAGAAGUCAGAGACAAAUGAAGGCAUAAUCCAACUGCAAGAGACACUUCUUUUUGAUAUCUUAGGGAAUAAGAAUUUGAAGGUGGGCAGCAUAUCUAGAGGAAUCAACAUGAUAAAUGAAACUCUUUGUGGCAAAAGGGUUCUUGUAAUUCUUGAUGGUGUGGAUGAAUUAGACCAGAUAGAAAAAUUGCUUGGAAGAUGUGAUUGGUUUGCUUCUGGAAGUAGAAUUAUUAUAACAACAAGAGAUAAGCACUUGCUAGCUACUUUUGGAAAUGGUCUUUCAACCUAUGAGGUAAAGGGAUUAAAUGAACAUGAAGCUUUUGAACUCUUUAAUCAAUAUGCUUUCAAGAGAAACGAACCCAAGGAAGAUUAUUUGGAACUUGCAAACCAAGUAAUACGUAAUGCCGAAGGCCUUCCAUUAGCUUUAACAAUAAUGGGUGCUGAUUUGCAUGGAAGAAAAAAACCCAAAUGGAAAAAUUCAUCAUAUGAGUAUGAAAAUUUUCCUAAUAAAGAUAUUCAAAAAAUAUUGAAAAUAAGUCAUGAAGGAUUAGACGAAACUGAAAGGGAUAUUUUCCUCGAUAUUGCAUGUUUCUUCAAUGGACAUUACAUGGAUUAUGUUGUGGAUAUACUGGAAACCUGUGAUUUAUACCCAGUAUCUGGUAUUCCAAAACUUAUUGAUAAGUGUCUUGUGACUAUUGAUCAACACAAUAAAUUGUCGAUGCAAGACUUGCUACAACAAAUGGGUAGGGAAAUUGUUCGACAAGAAUCACCACGGAAGCCUAGAAAACGUAGCAGGCUAUGGUUUUAUAAGGAUGGUCUUGACCUACUAAUUGAAAAUAAGGGGUCAGAUAAAAUUCAAGGCAUAAUGUUGUGCCCACCUAAACCAAUGAAGGUACAAUUGAAGGAGCAAUUUCUUAAGAUGAAAAAUCUCAGAUUACUUAUAAUUCGUAAUCUACAUAGCUCUGGACACCUUGAAUAUCUUCCCAAUGAAUUAAGGUUUCUUGAUUGGCCUGGAUAUCCAUUUUCUUCAUUGCCAACCAAUUUUUGUCCUAAGAAAUUGGUUGCACUCAACAUGUCGGGCAGCCGAUUACAGAAAAAAUUCAAGCAGAUAUUUUCGUCCGAAACCUUGAAAUAUGUAAAUUUCAGUUGGUGUAAAUACAUUAGGAAAUUACCUGACUUAUCAAAGGCCCCAAACAUAAAAGAAUUGGAUCUUAGGUAUUGUACGAAUUUAGUUGAGGUUCAUGACUCUGUUGGGCAUCUUGAAAAGCUUGAAGUAUGGGAACUCAACAAUUGCACUAAACUUCGAAUUCUUCCAAGUUGUCUCAUGAUGAAAUCUCUUUCAUCUUUGACUCUUACUGGCUGCUCAAGCCUUAAGAAGUUCCCAGAUAUUUCUCAAGAAAUGAAAUGUUUAGGCAAGUUAGCACUACACCCAACUGGUAUUUGUGAAUUUCCUUCAUCAUUUGGGAAUCUCAUUGGACUUAAGAGCUUACUCCUCGGAAACCAUUUGGUACAUCUUCCAAGUAGCAUUUAUAAAUUACAACAUAUUGAAAGGCUCUCUCUUUAUGGAGAUGUCAUAUUUCCAAAGGACAUCGAGAAUGAUAUACAACCACCAUGCAAGUCUUAUGAAGACUUUCCCAAAUAUGUUUUUCCGAGCUUGAAUUAUCUAUCUCUUAAUUUCUUUAAAAUUCGCUCGGAAAUAGAUUUUAUAUUGACUUCUUUUUGCCCCUUCUCAUUGGAAAGUUUAUACAUCACCGAUUGCAAUGUUGUUACCCUUCCAAAAUUCUUUGGCAAAUUUGAGAGAUUGCGUAUGCUUUUCAUUGAAAGGUGCAAUGAACUUCAGGAAAUUCCAAGGCUUCCAAAAAGUAUAAUAAAAGUACUUAUAUCAAACUGCCACUCGCUGACUUCACAAUCAUCAAGCAAAUUGUUCCUUCAGUUUGGAGAAAUUUUAGGACUUCCACCAAAUAUACCAUGUUUAGGUGUCAGAAGCGACAUAUCAAUGGAUCCACAGUUAUCUAGAAGAAUAUCCCAAGGAGAUGAUGAAUAUGAAAUUAUACUACCCGGACAUGACAUUCCAAAUUGGUUCAACCAUCAAAGUGUCGGAAAGUCCAUAUCAUUCUGGAUUGGUCCAGAAUUUCCCACAUUUGGUCUAUGUCUUGCUUUUGGAAUGGAGGAUGAUUAUAGUGAUUAUUGUUAUCGUGUUGACAUUUCCAUCAAUGAAACUAACCCCUAUUUGAAGGUACAACAGAGAGCCUACAUCAACAGGGAAGACAGGAAUCACUCAGUGACUCAAUACCAAUCCAAAAUGACCAUUGCCCAAGAAAAUCCAGCAAGACCAGCAGAUUCUUCUACUGACAGAAGGCCAUAG